AUGCCUUCCAAGAUCCAACUUGAUGAGAACUUGUGGUUUCUCUAUACUUGUAUUCAGAAAUCUGAUAUGAAAAUCGUACGUGUACCUUUUCUCUCUUUUUUCUUUUUCUCUCUCUUGGGAUUCUUGUUACUUUUCAUACUGAAUCAUACACAAGAUAUAAUGAGCCGUUGAUAUCCCCGGUUAUAUUUUGAAUUUGGCUUACGUUCUUUAUCUGGUUGGAUUUGAUUGUUAUUUUGAUACUGGGUAGACACACUAUUUUACAAUGCUUAAUUUCAUUCCCUUAAAACCGUCCUAGUUUUUGUCCCAUCGCUUCAGUUCCGCUUAUCUGUAUCACUACCCAUCACUUGUCUCAUCAGCCCGUUAUUUCAAUACCUACCAACACUACCUCCAUACAGUUAUACUCAUACAUUUCCCCCUCUCUAUGCUCUAAAAACUAACACAAAAUCAAAGAUCGACUUCGGCGCCGUAGCCGAACUCGCAAACAUCAAACCCCCAGCAGCAAGAAUGCGAUACACUCGAUUAAAACGACAAAUCGAGGAUGGAACCUUGACGGGGCAACACGGGAAUACACACGUACCUUCCAACGCGACAGCUUCGCAUUCCAAACCUUCAAUCUCUAUGCAUCCGAAUCGGGUACCUUCAACUUUCAUGCCACCUACGCAUAGCUUCGAGUAUCCCCCUGAAGCUUACCAAAGCCCUUAUUCUUCCAUGAAAACCAAGUCUAAGAAGAGGAAAAUUGAGUUCUCGGAUGGCAAUAGGAAUUCCAUCUCUUACUCAAGCAAAGCUCCUGGGAUUAGAAAGUGUAAAUCAGAAGAUGCAAAAACAAUCAGGAAUGACAAUACCAUCAGUCCCUCAGGAGAGCCCCUCGAACCAGGAGAAAUCCAAGAACCCACCUCCGACUCCGACGACCUCGAAAACAUCCCUCUCUCCAAAAUCAGGAGGUCAACUCAAAAUCAAAAUCAAACCCCCAACUCAGCAACAACGCCUCCUCCCUCCCUCUCAAAACCCAUCAACUCACCCCAAACAUCCCCGCGUCCAUCAACCUCCCCAAACCCGCACUCCCACUCCCAACCCUCUCCACACACCACCAACACCCCACCACCCCCCUUCCAAAGCGCAACGCUCCCCUACCCACCACCUAAACCACCCCUCUCAUCCCCCGCGAUAUACCACGGUUUCCGCGGUGCGAAGAGGGGGUAUCGGUAUUUCCAAGGCGGGGACAGGGGUAUGAAGUAUGUUAGUCCGUAUGGGCCCGGGGUUGGAGGAGGGAAUGGCGGGGGGAGGGAGGAGGGUGUGAGAAGGGUUGGUGGUGUGGGUGAGCCUUUUCGGAGUGCUGGGCCGGUGGAUAGUAUUCAUGGAAGGGAGUUUGGGAGGCCGUAUGCUAGGGGGGCUUGGGGUGUGGAGGUUAGGGAUGGGUGGAGGUGA